AUGUAUUUUCAGUUCACUUUGUUUUCAGGUCUCUGAAAUGAAGCAAAAAGUUUUUGUCCAGAAGGCUUCUUUACCCAGGAGUUCCAGCAAAGGAGACCUUGAACGGAGCAAGUCUAAGAGAAGACUGUCUGGCAGCUACAGGAAUAAUCUCCCUUCGGAGAGCAACCAAGAAACUCCAAGCAACAGUGAGAGUGAGAAAAGCUGGGUCCUUGACUCUCAGAAAAAGCUGGUGUCAAAAUCCGCAGACUAUACUCGGAAAAAGAAGAGGGUCAGGAGCAAGUUAAAAGUAUUGCCACUGUCUUCUCCAAGUAGUGGCAGCGAUCACCGUGGAAAGAAGGUGGGGAGUUCACCGAGGGGGGAGCAAAGGAUGGAGCCAAGCACAGAGCUGUAUGACUUUGCCACAAUGCAGCCACCAAUGGUUUCCUCAACACCUAUAUCGCAUGUUAGACACAAUGACUUGGAAAUGGCGGGCGACACUUUGCCGAGUCACCUUUCGCCCAAUAGUUCAGAAGCUGGAGCGAGCAAGAAACAUGAAGCUGCUUCUAGUACUCUGCCCAUGGAAGACAAAGUCUCCAAAUCCAAGCGGAAGUUUUCAGAUUUGUCAGCUGGUACCAGUGGAAAGUGCUCAAAGCUCACCAGGAGGCAGCCCAGGGAUGAGUGCUCCCCUACCAUUCCUUUUGUGGCAAGAAAACUCUUCAACUCCCCAGAGAUGGAAGAGGAGACUCGGGAAGGUGACUAGUUUUAAGCAGAAACCAGCAAGCCUUUGCUGCAGCUGUACUGAAUUGAAUUCCUUUCACAUUUCCUAAUUCCCCUACUUCCUGUGUUUUGUUGACAGUUAAGAUCUACCUGUGUUUUCCAGAACAUUCCACUGCAGAGGUUUCUCCUUUGUUUUCAUAGUAACUCUGGCUUCUAGCAUCCAUUGAUGCUGAUGCUUUUUUUAAUGUACUCUGUGUUUGCCUUUUAUUAUCAGUUGCUCUCUGGAAAGGUGGCCAAGCUAGA